CCGCGGCCCAACGCGGGGUAAGCCGCGAAAUGCCGUGGACCGCCCACUGCCUGCCGCCUGCAAGCAAAUUCUCCUGCGAUAUCCUCCUCGCAGCCAUCCCACCGUCGCGUCAUGUCGCAGCAACCACAGAACGACAGCACACCCCCUGGAGCGCCACAGGACACCGCAUCCAAGAAGCGGACCCACCCUGACGACUUUAAGCGGGCAUACAAGGCCUGUAUCAAUUGUCGCCAACGUAAGGCUAAAUGUAUCCUCGACACUACACCCGAAGGCGAACUGAAGCCACCAUGUCAGCGAUGCAAGAGGGAGAUGCGAGAAUGCAUCUUCCGCUCGGAGCGCUCGUGGGUCAAACGACGGAAGCCUGGCGAGGCGAGGGAUGAAGACCCUCCUACUGAGCAUCAUGUCAAUAUACCUUCAGGGACCAAUGGAGCACAGCAGAUAUCCAACCUGCACCGUGCUUCCACCUCCGCCCAGUCAAUGUCUCCCCAUGAUUCGGUACACACCAGGCGGUCUGAUAUGAUGUCCCCACCGGCCCACUUGCGCAGAAUUUCUACCGCUCAACCGGAUCUAUCCCACUCCGUCAUGAGGACGGUGGUCUCCAGCGGCAGCGAUGCUUUGAACCUGCUUUUUGAGGCUGCACAUCACAGAGAUGCGCUUGAGAACCAGGCGCGGGUCGAGAGCCAAGCGCAAGAUACCCCUCGCUCAGGUACGUCGUAUAACCUAGGACCCGAUGGCCAACCAUCCUCUCCCUUCACAUUCAAGGCGCAACCUGUGCAGAUGUCACAGCCGUCUCCAGAGACACUGCGAGUCUGGACAACAUGUAGAUUCGUACAGAUGGGCUGGUUCUCUGCGCACGAAGCCGUUACCUACGUGGAUCUAUUCUUCAAGAACUGCUCACCGCUCUCGCCCAUCCUCUCUGAUUUCUACUCUCAUCACGAGAACCACUGGUCCUUGAUAGCUUUGGAUCCGUUCUUGUGUGUGACCAUUCUUAUGAUAUCCUCACGUUACAAUGUACUGCCCGGCGUUGGUGGUGCAUCCCGAGGCUACUUUGUCCACGACCGGUUAUGGGAGCAAUGUCAACGUUUCAUUAUGAAGAUUAUGUUAGGACAGGUCAAGUUAUCCAAGGCUCAGUCGCGGACAAUCGGGUCCAUAGAAGCACUGCUGCUCUUGUCUGAGUGGCAUCCACGCGCUCUGCACUUCCCCACUGCCAGUGAUGGCUGGGACUGCGAGCUCAUGAUUGGAGCUAAUAACACCACUUCAGAGGGCGUCCAGAUUCUAGAAGGCGAUACAACGUCAAGUCGCUGGCUUGAAGACGUCAUUGAACCUGCAAAACGCUCCGACCGGAUGUCUUGGAUGCUGAUGGGCUGCGCGCUCUCGCUCGCUCAAGAGCUAGGCUUGUUUGAAGACAACGGAAACGUUGAAAGGGACCAGCAGUCAUACCCGAAGACGUCACCCGAAGCGCUAGUCCAGCGACGAAUCCGCGCUCGAAAACUGCUUUACGUUUUCAUUGAACAACUAUCGUGGCGCCUGGGCUGUACAUCCAUGAUCCCUCAAAGCCUCAACCAUGCUUUGAUGGAGAAGUUGCCUGUAAACUCGACUACUGGCGCGCCUGAAGAGUGGCAAGGUUUCAUGAGCGCAUGGGUCGAGCUGACAAAACUGGCACGAUCGGUGUCGGAUACCAUCUAUCCUUCAACGAGUACGACGCGCAAUUUGUUGCGAACAGGAAGAUACAUAGGCCUUCUUGAACACUUCCAACCUCUCCUCACGACAUGGAGGAAGAAAUACUUGGAUCCAUGCAAGCUCAAGGUCGGGCUUCAUGACAUGCUGUGCAUAGAGUACCAGUAUGUCCGAAUUUACACAAACUCUCUCGGUAUGCAAGCCGUGGUGGAGCGUACCCUCGCUGAAACCGAUCCGGACGGACCACAAGAGGAGAUCCUGCCACUGAACUUGGAACCAAGAGACUACGAUUUCAUACAAGAAGUUGUAGAUGGAAGUUGUCAGAUCUUGCAGAAGGUCGUCCAGCUUUAUGAGUCUGGAGCUCUGCGCUACUCACCAGUGCGGAUCUUCCUUCGCAUCUCCGCAUCCUCCAUCUACCUGAUCAAAGCGUUGAGUCUGGGCUCGCGCAACCAGAAGCUCCAGAACUCGCUGGAUAUCCUGGACGCCGCGAUUCGCGCUAUGCGCUCCAGUACGCUAGACGACAUGCAUCUUGCCUCGCGAUACGCUACUCUGCUUGACCUGCACGUAGCCAAGCUGCGCGAGAACUUUGUUGUGUCUGCGCGACCGCCGCGUAUCCCUUCACGCGGUGCAUCGCUUGAAAAUAAUACGACAGCUGGAAUGGACUUCUUAAAUAAUCACAACGCUGGUACCUCAGGGAUCGCCUCGCUUGCCAAUGACGUUCACGGCUUGAUGCCAGAUGACGACUGGCUGGCCCUGCCGUUCGAUCCCGCCAUGGCGCCGUUCGGUCUGGAUUCGAACCCGAGCUUCCAGCAAGGCUUUGACGAUGGGACGUUAGAUUUUAUAUGGAAUUUGCCAAUGUAGUACAAGGGUAAUGCUUUGGGUUGUAGCGGGCGCUUGUCAAAGUUCAAAUUUUCAUGGCAAACGCGAACGGCCUUCGUUUAUGAGGACAUGCUUUAUGCCACGGUGGUUCGAUUUGGCAGAUCGUAUUACACUUAUUAUUAGAUGGAUGUUCACCGCACAGACUGUAGAACAAGUGCAUCAUAUAGUGC